AUGUCUAGAUUUGGUACUAGAACAUUUAGAGGAUUGAAAGAACAAGAAGCUUUUAAUAAAACAAUAGCAGGGAAAUAUGCAAAAUUAGUUAAAAAAAAUCAUUUUUUAUAUCUUGGUUUACCAUUUUUAUUAUCAAUAGUUGCAGGUUCAAUUUAUUUACAAAAAUUUACUUCAAUAAAAUGGGAAAAAUAUGAUGAAAAAUAUAGACAAUUAGGAGAAGAUGAAAUGUUAGAUAUGAUUGAAAACAAAAGAACAUUUGAUAAAAAAAAUGAUUUUUAUAGAUUACAAGGUUUAUUAACUGAUCAUAUUGAAAAAGAAGUUCAAACUGAUUAUGAAAUGAAAAGGGUACAAAGAAAGAAAGAGGAUGAACCAGUUUGGUAA